AUGGCGCCAGACAGAGGACCGCGACAUUCGUACGAAAGCGAUGCAGCAAGAGACGAUGGCGACAAUGGGCUCGAGCACGAGACCAGCCGUAGUGUUGCCCGAGAGCCCAUUGGACAAGAACCAAGCCCAGAGUUCCUGGCGAAGAUGAGCGAGCAGCCUCAAUUUACGGUCCGGGCAUUAGUGAUGGGUAUCGUGAUCGGCAUACUAAUCGCAUUCUCGAAUACCUAUUUCGGUCUGCAGACGGGCUGGAUCAGCGGGAUGGCCAUGCCGUCCGCGUUGAUCGGUUUCGCAUAUUUCAAAGGGCUCCGAGCAUUAGCAUCGCGCGCUGGAGAACCGUUCAUGAGGAUGGGGCUUGGAGAAGGAUUCAGCGAAGUGGAGAACGUGCUGGUGCAGACAGUCGCGGGAUCGGUCGGGACAAUGCCUUUAGGAUGUGGUUUUGUGGGUGUCGUACCAGCACUGGAGUUCUUGCUCAAGCCGGAAGAGACGCCGAAGAGCAAUUUGCAUGAUACAGACAUGCUAGCACUUUUGGCGGAGGGCGAGAAGACCGGUGGGAUACAUCUGCCCAUGGGGAAAUUGUUGCUAUGGGCCUUGGGCCUUUGCUUCUUCGGAGUGGUGAUCGCAGUGCCUCUCCGAAAGGAGGUCAUUGUUCGCGAGAAGUUGAAGUUUCCAUCCGGUACUGCUACCGCACUGAUGAUCGGCGUUCUGCACGGUGGUACGAGGACAGGAGCCGAAGGUAACAUCGAACAGCAUGCCGCGCGACAGCGAAAACGCAACAACGCGAAUGCUGACGACGAGGAAAGUCGCGGACUACUGAGCGAUGGGUCACCAGCUGCUGGCCAUGAUCAAUGGCAAGGCGAUGGCGGACCGCUGCGCAAACGUGACAGCGCAGCAGCCAGGAAGGACUGGAGAAAACAAAUUCAGCUUCUCACAGCUUCCUUUGGCAUCUCCGGGCUCUAUGUACGUAUACUUCCUCUCGAUAGGACCUUGCAGAUAGCUUUGUAUGAAAUCAGUGCUGAUGUUGUGCCAGACCUUUAUCUCCUACUUCAUUCCUCAGCUACAUUCAAUUCCAAUUCUCGGCCUUCACAUGUCCCAAGUCUGGGUGUGGAAUCUCAACCCAAGCCCAGCCUAUGUCGGCCAAGGCAUUAUCAUGGGUCCAGCUACAACUAUUCACAUGCUUCUGGGCGCGCUACUUGGAUGGGCUGUGCUCUCGCCCAUGGCCAAAUCGGAGGGCUGGGCGCCUGGGCCCGUUUCGGAUUGGAACACUGGUUCCAAAGGCUGGAUUGUGUGGGUCAGUCUGGCAAUAAUGUUGGCAGACGCGAUCGUCAGCCUUGGUUGGCUGAUCCUUAGACCUACCAUCUACUACAGCCGUCUCUAUGGGCCUGGAAUUAUCAAGGGUGUUAGAGACAAGGGCAUCCAGCGCUGCCUCCAGGAUGUCGCAAGGCCAAUGAUGAGGGGCUACAGCCCCGUGAACUUAGACGAAGACGCGACAGACACGAAUGGAAUACGCAACACCAAAUCUGCUCCCAUGGACGACGAAGAGGAAUACGAUGCACCACCCGAGCACCGAAUUGGCGUCAAGACUACCUCUGUUGGCACCGUUCUCACUCUUGUUUUCUGCAUUUUUGCUGUGCAAUACUCGUUUCCUGGUAUCAUUUCUAUUGGUCUGACGAUGCUUGCCCUCGUACUGGCCCUUCUGCUGAGCAUCAUGGGCGUGCGCGCUCUCGGCGAGACAGAUCUAAACCCAGUCAGCGGCAUCAGCAAGCUCACACAGCUCAUCUUCGCGGCCGUUGUCCCUCCAGGCGCCAAGAACGCCGUUACCAUCAAUCUCAUUGCUGGUGCAGUUUCCGAAGCUGGAGCUCUUCAAGCAGGCGACCUCCUCCAAGACCUCAAGUGCGGACACUUGCUUGGAGCCUCUCCAAAGGCGCAAUUCUGGGGCCAACUCAUCGGAUCGGGAAUCGGUGCUGUCGUGUCAGCGCUCGUAUACAGACUCUACACGAGCGUCUACCAAAUCCCGGGUGGACUGUUCCAAGUUCCCACAGGCUUCGUGUGGAUUUUCACCGCGAGACUGGUCACGGGCCAAGGCUUGCCUCCGAAAACCGCAGAGUUCGCUGCUGGUGCUGCUGUAAUCUUUUCUCUUCUCACGGCACUGCGAAUCUACGGGAACAGCAUCAAAGCGAAAUGGGUUCCGUACGUUCCGGGCGGUAUUGCCGUCGCCGUGGGCAUGUACAACACCCCUUCCUUCACGCUCGCGAGGACCGUGGGGGGAGUGAUGGCUUGGUGGUGGACGGGCUGGAAAGGGAGGGAAGAGACGCCGAUGAUUGUGCUUGCUUCUGGUCUGAUCUUGGGCGAAGGAUUGCUCAGUAUUGUCAACUUGGCCCUUGCGAGCGCGAAGGUGCCACAUUUGGGAUGA